GACCAGACCUACUCAGCUCCUCACUCCACAGGGUCCCAACAGAGACAGCAUGGCUGCUCAUCACUACAGUCCUCUGUUCUUCACCUCCAUGCUGGCCCUGCUCUCCCCACUUCUUGCUCUACACAUUGAAAACCUGGAGAGAUUGAAAGUAAAUUUAGAUGAAAUCGUUAAUAUCCGUUCCUAUGGGCCUCUUCCUGAUGAAGCUGGAGGGAUCAUCCAGCGGAACCAGGCAGCUGACCCUCAGCAGGCACAGGGCCGGAGCAGUUGGCCCAAGGACUGCAGUGAGCUCCCUGCUAGCAGCUCCAGUGGCAUCUACAUCAUCCAGCCCACAGGACAGCAAACCAUCGUGGUCUACUGUGAGAUGAACAGGGAGGAUGGAGGCUGGACUGUCAUCCAGAGGAACCACAGAGAUACACCAAUCAGCUGGGAUGAGUCUUGGAGCACCUACAAGCACGGCUUUGGGAACCUGCACACCGAGUUCUGGCUGGGCACCGAGUACAUCCACCAGAUCACCAGGCAGAAGGUCUACCAGGUCAGGUUUGUCAUCUGGGAUGCUUCAAAUAACAUGAAGUUUGCAGACUACAACCUGUUCAGCCUGGAUGAUGAGUCCCAGGGCUACCAGCUGAGGCUGGGAGCGCACUCGGGGACAGCGGAGGAUGCCAUGGCCUCCAAGGGCACGACCACCAUGCACGACAACAUGAAGUUCUCUGCUAAAGAUCGGGAUCAGGACACUUCUAGUGGGAACUGUGCCACCAGCUCCGGGGGUGGGUGGUGGUACUCAGCGUGUUACUCUGUGCGUCUGAACUUCAAAGGGGCCAUGACAUGGGGCAACCUGUGCUCAGGGAACUGCAGAGCCUCAGCCAUCCUCAUCAAACCCACCACCUACUGCUAGUUGCAUUUACAUUUCCUUACUGUCCAACCUGGGGCUAAUUCUGACUCUUCAAAGAAUUGGAACAAAGCAAAACCAAACUGGGUGUGCCACGGGGUCUUUGCAGAGGUUAGUCAUAUGUAACUACUGCAUAAAAUAAGGCAUUUUCAAUUUUUUUCUUCCUCCUGUAGAUUUUCUCUACUUUGCAGCUAUGCCUGUGUCCUCUAGUUCAGAGUCAGAUAAUUUUAAUUACAUUAAUAAUAGAAACAGUCUCUUGGAAACUCAGAAGUUUCCAGAUCGGUAGUGUGCUUUAUACAACAUAUGAAAUAGUCAACCCAGUAGACUUCUGUGGCUUUGUCAGUUAAUUUGCAUCCUCAGUUUCACGAAAACUACCUAAUUUUUACUGAAGAUCUUGCUCAAGAUACUAAAGUGCACAGGUACCUUCCCACUCUGAACUUCCUGCAUGU